CUCAAAACAUCAAGAAUUAUAUAUAAGCGGACCUUCUAAGUGACACAGAGGGACUUAAAGACAAAGAGUUUAAUGGAGGUGGAGCCAUGGCGUGACUUUUUGAGCCAUGGUUGUUCAUAUGGAGAUUCGUUCCCUGGUUCGAAGCAGCAGCUAGACGAGAACUGUGUAAUGGCUUUAUCACAGAAGAGGAACCGUAUCUUCAUUCCUUAUGCGAAUCUCGUCUUCUUCUUCUUCUUGUGUAUCUCUCUGGUCGAUAAAGCUGUUUGCAUCAGGAUUUCGAAUCAGAUCUCGGAUACUAUCGUUGAUUCUCCCGAUCGUCCUUUGAAAUCUGCGGUUUUCGCUCUUGGAAGCUUCUGGAGAUCGGAGGCGGCUUUUGGUUGUAUCAAUGGCGUCGUUAGAACAACCGCCGGUUACGCCGGUGGAACGAAGACGAAUCCGGAGUAUAGAAACUUAGGUGAUCACGCCGAGUCCGUACAGGUUGAAUAUGAUCCACGGAUAAUUGGUUAUCGUCAGCUCUUAGAUGUAUUCUGGUCUAGUCAUGAUUCUAGACAAGUGUUUGGACAAGGUCCUGAUGUGGGUAAUCAAUACAGAUCCUGUAUUUUCACUAAUUCUACAGAAGAGUUGAGACUGGCUUCUACUAGCAAAGAAAGGGAGCAACUUAAAUCAAGAAGCAGUAUCGUGACUACCCAAAUUCAACAGCUAGGAACCUUUUAUCGCGCAGAGCCUGAUCACCAGAAGUUCGAGCUGAAACAACAUCCAUUUCUUAUUCAGCUAAUUGGAAACAUGGCAGAAGAAGAGCUCGAGAGAUCAGCUCUAGCCACGAAACUAAACGGUUAUGCAGCCGAGCUCUGCCCGCCUAGAAUCCAGAAACAUAUCGACUCUAGAGUUAAUGAGAUCAUUAGAAAAGGAAUUGGUCACAACAAUGUUUAUGUCUUACUCUUGCCCCUUGAGUGGAUCGUUUACAUGCACAAUUUGCUUUGUAUCUUCGGCAUCCUGAAGAAGACAACAACCUUACGAGAACGGAAUGCCCGGGUUCAUUCGGGAGUAUCUAAGACUCCUUCUAUCAUCAUCAAGGAGAUUCAACUCAUCGUCCGAGCACUUCUUGAUCCUCUUUCUAGGUUGCAAGCUGCUAGGCAGCCUGGAACUUCCUUCCUUUGUACUUGGUUUCAGUUUUUCCAGCUAAGUCUUUUCGUCUCAGAUCGAACAUCGAAGGAGAAGAAAGACGAUCAUCACCAUCAUCACCACAACAAGCAUCGGAAGAAGAGCAAGAUGGCGUCGAGAGAUCAAGUUAAGGCGUCGCACAUUUUGAUUAAGCAUCAAGGAUCUCGGAGGAAAGCGUCGUGGAAAGAUCCAGAAGGGAAAAUUAUCUUGACUACCACUAGAGAAGCCGCCGUUGAGCAGCUUAAGUCGAUCCGUGAAGAUAUUGUCUCCGGGAAGGCUAACUUUGAAGAAGUGGCGACUCGUGUUUCUGACUGUAGCUCUGCUAAACGCGGCGGCGAUCUUGGUCCCUUUGGUCGAGGUCAAAUGCAGAAACCAUUUGAGGAAGCAACUUACGCACUCAAGGUGGGAGAUAUAAGCGACAUUGUCGAUACAGACAGUGGAGUCCACAUCAUUAAGAGAACAGCUUGACCUGAUCCGAUCUAAUAAAUGUAUCGAAGGUGU